AUGUCACAAAACUAUUACGCACCACAAGGUGAAAACAAGUCCUAUUAUGACCAAGGCCAUAAUCAACAGGGAUACAAUGUCAACGCUCCACAACAGUCCUACUACCCUCAGGGAGGCUACCAACAAGGUUAUGACCAGAGAGGAAUGCCCCCAGGUGGAGGUUAUCAACAACAAGGUGGUUAUCAACAAGGAGGUUAUCAACAAGGCUACCAGCAAGGCUACGGAGGACCUCCACCUCAAGGUGGCUACUACCAACAGGGUCAGCCAGUUAUUGUCCAGCAACAAAACCCUGCUGCUGAUAACUCUAGUUGCUGUCUUGCCUGUCUGGCAUCCAUGUGUUUCUGUCUAGCUCUUGAUGCCAUUUUUUAA